UAAAUUUAAUGAUAUUUCGUGCUUGUUAAGGAACACUUUAAAUUUACAUUGAUAUUCAGCAGAGACUCGGGCGAGUAGCCGUGUUUACGGUGUUAGAAUCAUGCAUUGUUUAAGGACAUUAAGAAAUUUUUCCAAUUUACUACAAAGAGCUAGUACAUCAUGGCCCGCAGUGCUGCACAGUUUUCACAGUUGUCCUGUUAUAAAUGCAAGUUACAAUCCAGAAGCAGACCCUGCGUAUUCAUACAUCUAUCAGUCACAAAACAAAAGUAAUUUUCAGGAAUACAAUAAAAUUAUUUAUCCACCACAACCCCCUGAGGAACCUCAGCGACCAGUUGAGUAUUUUCAUGAAACCAGAGAUCUGCGUUAUUCACCAAAGAAGAUGUGGAAGUUCACAGCUAUGGUUAGAGGAUUAUCUGUUGAUGAUGCUAUUAAAAAGGUGUCGUUUUUGCCACAUAAGGGUGCCAAAAUUCUAAAACAGUGUUUACUAGAAGGUCAGAACAUAGCUGUGAAAGAGCAUGGAAUUGAAUACCCAUCCAAUAUGUGGAUUGAGCAUGCAUAUUGUAACAGAGGGAAGAUAGUAAAGGGCAUGCGCCUGGCAUACAAGUUUCCUGCUGAAAUAAAGACUCGAUAUUGUCACUUGUACAUUGUGUUUAGGGAGGGUAGUCCUCCCAAACUGUACUAUCCCCCAGAUGAUAUGACGGGGUAUGAGAAAAUUGAGGACUAUGUAGAUCGACAGCGUAAGCGGAGGAUAUUGUACUCAUUGUAACCCAAUAAAUUUUUACAUCUU